AUGUCAGACGAAAUUCAGGAUUCCGACACUUUUCUGAAAUUCGUGUUAUAUUCCUCGAUUCUGGCUGUAUUCCUAUAUUUCAUCCGAAGAUAUUUGAAAGGCGGACAAUUUACGGAAAGAGUUUCCGCAAAGAAUUUGAUCGCAGUUGUGACUGGAGCAAAUUGUGGAAUUGGUUUUGAGACUGUAAAAGAGCUCAAUUUACGAAAAGCCAAGGUUUACAUGCUGUGUCGAAGUGAGAAAAACGCGCUUGCCGCCAAAAUUCAACUCGCAAAACGUGGCUGCGAUUCGUCGCGACUCAACUUCAUUCAAUGCGAUUUUACAAGUCUGGAUAGCGUUAGAAAUGCGGCGCGCGAAUUGCUUCGCGUCGAGACCCAUAUCGAUAUUUUGGUGAAUAAUGCGGCGGUUUUGAUGACGAAAUUCGAGGUGACUGAAGAUGGAUUUGAGAAAACGUGGCAGACAAAUCAUUUGGGACCAUUUUUGUUGACUGAACUUUUGCUGCCAGCUUUGAAAAAGUCUGAAAAUGGCGGGAGAAUUGUUAAUGUUUCAGCAUUGAUUCAUAAGAAGGUCAAGAAAUUGGAUUAUGAGAAGAUUAAUGAGAAAAAACACUUUGGCGAUUGGAAAUGUUAUGGGGAAAGUAAAGUGGCUAAUGUGAGUUUGGCUGAAAGUCUGUAACACAGACUUUCAGACUCUGUAGCUGAAAAACAGCGCGCGCGCGUCAAUUUUAUAGUCUUUGAAAUUUCACAAACAUCUCCCAACGCACACCAUAGCGCAGGCGGUAUGCUGAUGGCCUUUUGCUCAGAACGUCCGGGGUUCGAUCCCCACUGCCCGUGCAACUUUUUUAAAAUUUUUUUUAAAUCUUCGCAGAUCCUGCACGCUCGCCAACUCACACGACGUCUCCACAAAUCCGGCUCCCCCGUCACCAUCAACUCCCUCCACCCUGGAAUUGUGAACACCGAUCUGUUGCGCAACACAAUCUUCGCCAAACCCGUCAUCAUCUCAAUCGCCAGAUUUCUGGCCAACAUUUUUCUGAAAACUCCGCUGGAUGGAGCACAAACUGUGCUCCACGUGGCGCUGAGCAAAAAACUCGAGGGAGUUUCGGGCAAAUAUUUUGUGUAGGUUGAGAAUUCUGGAAAUUGGCUGAAGUUUUUUUUUGCAGCGACUGCAAAUUGGCCGCCGAAUCUGAAUUCGCUUCAAAUGAUCAAGCCAGUGAGGACCUCUAUAAUUACAGUAUUGAGAAAGUUUCCAAGUUUUUAUAA